AUGGACUCCAUAAGAAGCUCACAAUAUUUUACAAAAGUGACACAUUCAUUAUACAAGAAUAUAAAUUCCAUUUUAAUCAUUCUAAGUAUUGAAGGCAUACAACACAUAUCAGAGUCGGUGUUUGUGGGACUGUGUCGUAAAGUUGGGACCUCAAAAGUGGUGGCCAUGAGAAGAGAUAUAGUGGUUAUCGGUGAGAUGGUUAGAAAUCAAGUGGCAACAAGUGGUUUGUCCAGUGCGAUGGCGAGUGGAAGUUAUGGAGAAGGACUCAGACUGAAAGGAUCAGAUAUAGACUUUAUGUUCUGGCCAAAUAAUCACCGUGUGAUCUGGGAAUUAUCUCAGUCUCAGUAUUACAACACACAUAGACAAACAUUGAUCCUCUGUGACUGUUCUGAUAGUCCACCAGGAUUUACUUUGUUAUAUUUACUGUCACCAUGUACAAGCAGAUUUAUCCAGAGAGCGUGUGUUAGAAUGAGUAACACAUAUUAUAUAUCUAGUUCUAAAUUCAGAGAGAUCCCUUUAUCUGAGUCACUACCUUUUAAUCCCAUUCCACAUGGACCCUGUGUCAGUGGAAGAUAUGGAACACUAGAAUAUGAUUAUGCCCACUGUUUUGUUAGUGACUUUUGGCCUCCCUCUGCCUCCCCAUGGAUAUACAGAUGUCACUCAUGGCCCAAACCUCAUGUUGUUGAUGAUAUAGUGAAAAAUGGAUGUCACUUUGUAGCAAUAGGACAUAAGCUAGGAAAUCACGAAGAUCAUGAAUGGAGAAUUUCAUUCUCCCAAGCAGAACAAAAACUUGUGUAUGUAAUGAAUCACUGUCAAUUCUUAACUUACGGCUUACUUAAAUUGAUAUUAACAGAAAUAAUUAAUAAUGGAGUAGGUGAUAAUGAUAAAUUACUAUGUUCCUAUCACAUGAAGACGGCAGUUUUCUGGGUGAUUCAACAAAAUACAAUACCUCACUGGUGUCCACAAAAUCUCCUGGGGUGUUUCUGGGUCUGUUUUAAACUCAUCCUCAAAUGGGUGCAUGAGGGGGUCUGUCCUAACUUUUUCAUUCCAGGCAACAACAUGUUUCUGAGUAAAAUUCAUGGCAUCAAACAACAACAAUUAUUUAUAAGACUGUCAGGGUUGUAUGAAAAGGGUUUAGCAUUCCUGCUACAUAGUCCCUCCAUUAGAGCUUUUAUUAUAGAUGUUCUCUAUAACCCCAGAAACUUCAUCUGUACAGAUGAUCAUACUCUGAUUUGUGAGGAUGAGUUUGAUAGAAAUGUGUUUGGUGAAAUAAUACAAAAUUCCGUAACACCAGACCAAUGGGACAUACAAAUUUGCAUUAGACAUCUGCAUACAAUAGAACGGAUGGUAGGUUCAACCCUCCUGACACAGUAUCAAGUCCUCAAGCUACAGCACAUGACCGCUAGGGUCCUUCAGUACACUGCUUUUAAGUUAUACAUGGAAACUUACACACCUGACAACAGACUUAGGUACAGAGCUGACAAAAUGUCCUGUCACAUGCUGAAAUUAGCAGCCAAGUUUGGUUGUAUUACAGACAUGCUGUACAUAGCCAUCUAUUAUUUCAAAACACUUAGAUACUCGGAAGCUUUAUCUGUUAUAGAGCUAAUCAAGGUCAAGUUAGCACAACCAUAUGUGAUAUAUAUGGAUAUGGAAAAUGUAGAUAUAGAGAUGUAUAUUGAGGCUGUAGGGGGACAGUCCUGGUCUACAAAGAUGAGACAGGCUGUAGCAUGGGAUAUCAGACUUAACAAUAGAAUCCAUAACAUCACUGAACUGAUUCCUGAACAACAGUCUGCUCUACAGAGACACAUGCGUGUAUUAUUCAUCCCACCCUUGGUACUGUUAUACAUGCUAGAGAUUUUGUGCUACAGACAUGUAGACACAAUACGAGCACAAACAGCUCAAGAUGAUCUACAGACCUUAGUUCACUAUGAUCAGGGACAGUGUAUAAAUUUAUUGUCUAGAGACAUAUCGUGGCAGAUUCUGGGGAUCUGUCAAGAGUUCACAGGGGACUUUCAGGCUGUUCUAUACUCAUACCAACAAUCUCUCAGACAAGAACCCUACAACCACAUACAAACAGCUACAGAAAUGAGAAUACAGAGA